AAUCAAUCAAUCAACCGUAUUAGCCUGCAGUGCUGGAGCAAUUCACAUCGUAACCCUGCUUAAUUGAUUAUUAGUUUAGACUUCAACAUGGAGGAACACUGUGAUUUAGCGGAAGAUUUUGACUGUCCGAACCUUCUGUGCGAGGAGCUGGAGGAUUUGGAAACAAAGAACCACCAAGGGAGAAGGAGGAGGAGGGAAGGAGAGGAGAGGGUGUUUAAUCAGACGGAGGAUGACGAGGCAGGAGAGGAGACAGGCCGAGAACACGAGGAGGGGGAGGAAGAGAGAAAAAGGAAAGAUGUUGAUUUAGAAAAUGAACUGAUGGCGACAGAAGAAGAGGAGCAGGUGAGGCCAGAGAGCAGGCUGGGAGCGGAGGAGGAGCAGAUGGAAGACGACAAGAUUGAGAACAACAAGGAAACAAUCGCCGACAAGCAAGAGGCCAAAGAAACGAAAAGUCUAGAAGAGAAAAAUGAGAAGAAAAAGGGUAGGAAGAGGUGCGGUAGGAAGCUAAGUGAGCGAGUGAGAAACAGGAGAGGUUAUAAAGAUGUCAGCGAGCGCUAUGAGGAGGAGAGUCGGAUCCAGGAGGCGUCAGCGAUGAGUUCAGAGGAGAGCUCUGCUCCGGCCGAGCCUCCCAUCGGUCUGAUGAACAGCUGCGACCUGUCUGACCCCGCCUUCCUGGGCUGUGGGGGGGCCGGCCUGUACUGCCCUCCUCCUGCUCCUCUCCCCCUGCUGUACUCCUCACAGCCUCCUGUCCCCAUCCAACCUGCACCUCCUCUACCUCACGGGACAAAAAGACCCUGCAGCCCUUCUGUACUUUACAGUCACUCCCUGCAGGGCCCACAGCCUCACGAGAUGGAGAUAAACCGGGUCUACUCCACCCGACACUCCAUCCGCUACAGCAGCAGGGGUCGAGGACUCAGCCUACCUCUGUUGCCGGGGGUAGAGGUCGUUGACAACGGCCUGCUUCCACCUCCUCCCAAGAAGAAAACCAGAACUCUCUACAGUACCGAUCAGUUAGAUCAUUUAGAAGCCUUGUUCCAGGAGGACCACUAUCCCGACGCAGAGAAGAGGAAAGUCAUCGCCGCCUCAGUUGGUGUCACGCCUCAAAGAAUUAUGGUCUGGUUUCAGAACCGCAGGGCUAAGUGGAGGAAAGUGGAGCGCUCCAUCACAGCGAGGGGUGAACACAGACAGAGCCGAGCUGGCAGCAGCAGCAGCCCCCUGCAUCACCCAAUCAAUCCCAGCCUGGCACCCAACAGUAAGGGAGUUCCCUGUUUUUCAAAUCACUUUGCCACAAAGCUGCCCCAGCUCGCCCCUGCAGCGCCUUCUUUCUCCGCCAUCUCCAACCAGACUCCGCCCUCCUACAGCAACCUGAUGGCCAGCCUCAACAGCCCAGGUGCUGUAACCCUCAUUCACAAUGAAUCAAAAGCACCGCUCAUGAUUAGGUCCCAGUGCUCCACAAAUACUACUUAA